GGGACGCCGGCUGAGGCCUAAGGUGAAGGUGCUGGGGAGCAGGAAAGCCCUCCUUCCUCCCCUCCCUCCCUCCCCCGACAGGAGGGGAGCGCGCGGAGGGAGGGGCGCCUCCUCGGCGGAAUGGCCUCGUGCAUGUCGCCCCUGGUUACCGGGAGCUGCUGCCGCCUCGCGCGGGCCGCCGCGAGACACGCCGCGCGCCGGGCUCAGGCCCCCGCCGCCCCGAGGAAAGCUUACACAGUUCAGGCAGCUGAGAAGACAAUCCCAGUUAAUCUAACAGAAGCCAAUUCCAAAGCCUUGUCAAUUUGCAAUGGACCUUUAGAACAUUAUGAGUUUCUGAUCAAAAAAGAGGAACUGAAGAAUGAUGAGCAACAAAGGAAAGUCAUACAGUGCUUACAGAAGCUACACGAGAACCUUAAAAGCUACAGCAUUAGUCCAAAACACAUAUUCUCAAAGUGGUUUACAAAAAACAAACCUCCUAAAGGCCUUUAUGUCUAUGGAGAUGUUGGUACGGGAAAGACAAUGGUGAUGGACAUUUUUUAUUCUCAGUUAGAAGUAGAAAAGAAAAAGAGAGUCCAUUUUCAUGGCUUCAUGCUAGACGUGCACAAAAGAAUACAUCGCCUUAAACAGAGCCUACCAAAAAGGAAGCCUGGAUUAAUGGCUAAAUCAUAUGACCCAAUAGCCCCUGUUGCUGCUGAAAUAAGUGAGGAGGCCUGUCUCCUCUGUUUUGAUGAAUUUCAGGUGACAGAUAUCGCUGAUGCCAUGAUUCUCAAGCAGCUUUUUGAAAACCUGUUCCAAAAUGGUGUUGUUGUUGUGGCAACAUCCAACAGGCCGCCAGAAGACCUCUAUAAAAAUGGACUCCAGAGAGUUAAUUUUGUUCCAUUCAUUGAUGUGUUGAAGAAAUAUUGCAAUACUAUCCGACUGGAUUCUGGAAUAGACUACAGGAAACGGGUGCUACCUGCGGCAGGGAAGCUAUACUACCUCACAAGUGAGGCUGAUGUGGAGGCUGUCAUGGAUAAGUUGUUUGAUGAGCUGGCUCAAAAACAAAAUGAUUUAACUAGACCAAGGAUUUUAAAAGUACAAGGCAGAGGGCUGAGAGUGAAUAAAGCGUGUGGAACCAUUGCAGACUUCACAUUUGAAGAGCUGUGUGACAGACCGCUUGGAGCCAGUGAUUAUUUGGAAAUAGCUACCCAUUUUGACCUAGUCUUUGUUCGUGACAUACCUCUCUUUACAAUGGCAAAAAGGACGCAAGCUCGACGUUUCAUUACUCUCAUCGAUACAUUUUAUGACAAGAAGGUGCGUAUUGUCUGCUCUGCAUCAGCGCCACUCGAAAGCAUAUUCAGUCAAGAACAGCACCAUGACAGCAGACUGGACGAAAGCAGAGUAUUGAUGGAUGAUUUGGGGUUGAGCCAGGAUUCAGCGAGCGCACUUUCUAUGUUCACGGGAGAAGAAGAGAUUUUUGCAUUUCAGCGGACCAUCUCACGCCUCACCGAAAUGCAGACUGAACAGUACUGGAAUGAUGGAGACAGGAGCAAAAAACCUCUAUAGCUGUAAAGCCAGCAAAACAACUAGAUGUGGAUCUCAUGAAGAAGAAAAGUUCUAAAUUGUACAUUAUUUUUAGGUACUUUUGUGUGCCAUUCCUAGGAGAAAGCAGGAUAUAAAUAAAGUAUACUAUUAAUAAAUUAAAA